AAUUCUAAUUGUUUAAAAACAACCGAGUUUUUAUUAAGAGCUGUGGGUUAUUUAAAUAUGUGCUUAUUUUCAAACAUUUAAAUAAUCACCCUGUAACAGUGAUCACAUUUGGUCUGUAUUAUGUCAUGAUAUAAAAUGGUAUUGAUACAGAUGUCUAGAAAUUAUAAAGUCUGGUAAUCUAGUGUUACUAAACAUAAUGGUCAUCUUGGUGAAGGGGCCCCAGAGGCCUAAAAAAGUUAAGUGUGCCUUGUAAAAUCUUAUAGGUGCUUUCAAAAAUGCUAUGUAAAGUAAACAAGUGUCUCUUGUUGGUUAACAAGUUUGUAAUUUUAAAUAUAACAACUUAAGGUCUUCUGUCAUCCACAGUUUUGUAUAUCAGAUUUACUACUUAUAAAACUAAAGCGUUGUUGGCUCUGUGUUUAACUGUCCUCCUAUAGGUUGCAGUGGACUUUUUCCAGCUGCAUCUAUUGUAUUCAGUACUUUGGGAUGACUCUGUAAACUGAUAAAGCCAAUAAUGUAUUACAGGUACCAACUGGAAAAAAAGUAUAGUUAACUGAGGUUACUAAGAUCAGAAAGUAAUUCAAAUCAAUUGGUAAUUUAUAAAAAAAAGAUUAAAGAUUCUAACAACUAUCACUGAAACUGCCUUAUUGUUAUGAUGUAUGUAACCCUGUAAUUUGCUGUGAAACUGAAUGCAUCUAUCUAAAUGUAAAUCAACUCCUCUGUAUCAUUUAUGUAUGUUUUUCUAAUGUCUCUGCUGGACUAAAUGUUGUGUAUACAAAAGAGUUACCUCAAGUGUUCGUAUUGCUGUAGAGCUUGAUUAUGUUGUAGUCUGUAACAGAAUGUCUCCCGUAAGUUUAAACAGCUAAAGUUAAUCGGAAAUUCGAAAAUCCGUGUAACCUAAAUCUCUGUAAACUUGUUAAAAAAAAACUGAAAACAUUUUAUAUACUUGUGCUUAAAUUUGCUGGUUAAACAAGCUAAACCAUGUUGGGUAUUUAAGAGAUGUUUCCAAGUACAUGUAUUCUUAACAUUUGUAAAGGACAUUGGACCUACUGGUAAGUGUUUUCCUAAGUUGUUGUCUAAUAAUUAAAUCUACUUACUAAGUUUUCAUUUGAUAUUACUCUUUUUUUUUUGACAGGCAGAGUGGAUAGUGAGAGAGAGAGAGAGAAAGGUCUUCCUUUUGCCGUUGGUUCACCCUCCAAUGGCCACCACGGCUGGCGCGCUGUGGCCGACGCACCGCGCUGAUCCGAAGGCAGGAGCCAGGUGCUUCUCCUGGUCUCCCAUGGGGUGCAGGGCCCAAGCACUUGGGCCAUCCUCCACUGCCUUCCCGGGCCACAGCAGAGAGCUGGCCUGGAAGAGGGGCAACUGGGACAGAAUCCGGCGCCCCGACCGGGACUAGAACCCCGUGUGCUGGCGCCGCUAGAUGGAGGAUUAGCCUAUUGAGCCAUGGCACCAGCCUGAUAUGACUCUUAAAAUGUUUGUGCAUGGAAGAGCUGCCCUACCUUUUGGACCCUACUGCCAUAUAGGAUUCUUCCUUGUGAGAUUACUUAAUUACUUAAAUUAAAGACUAGCAUAAAAAAAAUUAAAGCCACUGUCAGGCAACACCACACAGAGUAAUGUAUCUGUUUUGCCUCUGGUGAUGCAAGGUUUUCUAAGCGUGGCUGGUAACUGGUAAGGUUUUGUAGUGACAAUCUGGCAGUGUCCUUGCAUAGCUAUUUGGGUAAGGACAUAAGUCAGUUCUGUUAAAGGUCAACCAUGUUCAGAAAUCAGAGUAACAGCCCGGCUAAAUAUUCAUCAGAAACAUGCCUAUGACUCUAGAUUUCUAGUCUAGGCAACGAAAAUUAGAGGUGGGACUGAGCACUCCCUUGACUUGCAUUCUCUGGUCUGAUUUAACAAAAACCAGGAGAAAAAGAGAGCUGGGCAUCAGAAACAAUGUAAAGAUGGGUGGCAGGCCUAUUACAGGCAGCUCUGUGCAGUGAUCUGCCCUCAGGGAGACCCAACAGGCCAGUCCACUGCAGUGGCUUCUGAUGAGGUAAGCCUGGGCCUCAGCAGAAGUCAACUUAUGAAGAGCCCUGGGAGCUCUGCCAGCCAAAAGUUGGAUCACUGGAAAUGGACCUGCCCUGGAGUCGAAGGACUUCAGGUCAGAGCCACAGAUCUUAUUGGCUCUAAGUUGAAAAGCCCUUCACUUAGCCCAGCCUCCAAAGUGACCGCCACUGUUGAAAGAAUGGCCAAGUAGGGUCAGUAACAUUGCAGACAGAGCUGUAAAUGUCCUGUUGGAGAUGCCACCUGCCUUUACCUGGCCAGCUCUCCUCCCAGGCCAGGUAAGUAAUAAAAGUCAACAGAGUGCCUUCCCCAAGGAGGUUCACUCCUCCCUUAAGAUGUACCCUAUGUAAAAAGAUAGAUAGGCCUAGGUCCCUUAACUUACAAGUCCUAAAGCCCACCAGGUUAUUAUCAAGCCCCUUCUAUCAGGUUCUCUUUGCCUCUCAAUCAGAAAACUUAUUUGUAACUUAGACAACAGCUUUCUUGACUCCUCUAAUAGCAACUCUGUCGUUUGUUCUGGACCCUGUCUGGCCCACUCCUGGGCCUCAUGCCUUUGUAAUUUUGUUGCUUAUUAAAGUCAGUGGUACACAGACAUUCUGUACAUAUCCUGUGGGGGCAGCAGUAUAUCUUUUAUUAAACAGUAUUACCGUACGUAGUAUACUUCAAAAUGUAAAUUACCUUGUUUAAAACUGUGACUUAUGUUAAAGUAACAUCUGUGUAAUUAGUGCAUAUGGUAUCUACUCUCCAUUAUCAGAAUAAUUCAUUAUUAGAUAAAUUUGGCUAGUAGGGAGUACAGUUCUGUGAGCAGUGUUUCCUAUUAAAUAUCAGCUACUGUCUCAGUUACACGUAGCAGCAGCAGCUCCGCCUUGCUCGGGAAAAGUAAAUGCACAAACUUAAAAAGUUAAGACAUGCUGCGAAUAGCUAGUCAUUAUUCUGUGUAUAAAAGUAGAGCAGAAAUUAAACGCUGAGGAUUCCUGUAAAUUCUUUGUUCUCUGAGUAGAUCGCCGUUUAUACUCCCAACAUGUGUGUACUGGUAAUCCUCUCCCACACUAAUGAGUGGCGUUUCUCCCGGUUUUGGCUGGAAUCUGCUUUAGUCUCACCCUGUCUCUAUACUACAGUGUCUGGUUAAGUAUUUACAGCUGGUGAUGGAGCAAACCAAGGCCUUCGGCAACCAGGCGGUCAACCAAAUGCUACUAGAGGAAUGUGCUCGGCUCCCCACCCAGGAGACAGCAGCUUAAGACAUCGCCCCAUGGCAGCGCAGAGUGCCUCGUUGCUCCACGUCAGCAGGGGUGGCUCUGAAGGCGUGGAUCCCUGAGCUUCUGCACCCUCCCCCGGACAUGGCAGGCCCUGCAACCAUCGCAGCCAGCCUCCUGCUGCUGGCCCUCAGUGCCCACCACUUCACCCCUGCAGGCACCGUGGUCAUCCCCUCCUCCUGCUGCAUGAACUUUAUUCCUAAGAAGAUCCCUGAGAGCCAAGUGGUGAGCUACCAGCUGUCCAGCGGGAGUGUCUGCCCCAGGGCAGGUGUGAUCUUCACCACCAAGAAGGACUACCGAGUCUGCGGCGACCCCAAGCAGCAGUGGGUGCAGAGCUAUGUGAGGGACCUGGUUGCCAAGUGGAGGAGGCCUUCCACGGGGGCCAGAACGCCAGGCAGCAGACGUCCCGGAGAGAUGCGUGCUUGAGGCAGCCCACCGUCUAGUCACCGCUCGGCCCUCUUGCCCUGAGUGUGGGACAGAGGGGCGGGGGCUACUUUUCCUGUCUCUUUAGUGUCACUCCCUGGGGGCCAAGCAAUGACCUCCAGCAUCCUGGGCCUUCCUGGCCUUGCCUGAGCUGGGUGAGAAGGUUCCAGAAGGAGUGUAGCCCUUUGUCCUUCUCUGCCCGACCUGGCGCUGGCCUGCCUCCGACUUGCAUCAGAGCCCAGACGCAUGGCUCGGCACCUGUAGGGACAGCUUGCUUGGUGCAGCCUGCAGCUGGCUUCAGGGGGCCCUGUGGUCUCGGGGUGGGGCUGUGUGUCUGGGGACGGUGACCUGUCACAGUGGCAGCUCUGCAGCACGUUGGGGACCCCCCAGGCUGGUCCCCUGUUGAGCACUUUUGAGCCAAGGGCUCCCGUGCUGCCUGCCUCUCCGGAUCCCAUCCUUCCCUAGACACCAUCCAGGGGCUACAAUGAAUCAAAUUGUAUAAAGAAAUGGAUGUGCACUAUGGCAGCCGGCUGGGCAGUUUCACUGCUCUGUGUCGACUACAAGACAUUCUCCUUGAUGGCCCCAGCUCUGUGCUGCUUCGGGGACAAAGAUCUGCCCUAUUUUCCAAGCUGGGCUUUUUCUACAUUUUGGUGAGGGGAACACAGGGUGGGAGCUGAGGAGGGAGACAGACCCCAGCUUUUUUCCCGCAUGUAUGAGAUACUGUAUGAUUUAUCCAGUGUACACUGUUCUCAAAUCAGAAUCCAAGUAAAAGGCGAUUUCUCCUCCGAA